CUGGCGUCAAGUGCAUGCACAUCAAUUCUCUAUCAAUAGAUUUCAUCUGAUGAUGCAUGCAUAAUACGCACAGAUGCAUGCAAGAACAAGGGUAAAUUUCAAUUAAUUAAAAUCGGAAGAUGAACUGACACAGACAAACACACUCUCUUUUCUUUUGUUCUCACAUCAGACAUGCACGUAUACAUUCAAACGAAAGACCUUUCAUUAACCGUUCAUUUACGUGUUCAUACCGGUGAAAGGCCACACGUUUGUGAAACAUGUCAAAAAGCAUUUUCCGAUUCUAGUUCAUUAGCACGUCAUCGUCGAAUUCAUACUGGAAGACGUCCUUAUCGAUGCUUGGUAGAGGGCUGUGGCAAGAGCUAUUGUCGUAAAACGACAUUGACAAAGCAUACCCGUAGAAAUCAUGCUACAGUGCUGAAAAAUACACAAGCAAGAAAUGCUGCAGGCGCAGGUCCAAUGGCGAUUGCAAGUAAUUCAACUCCAAAUUUCAUGGGUCCAUUUUAUGAUCCUAGAUCUGGUGGUGUACAUUUGGCUUCGGCUCAUAACCUUCCUGGUCAUCUUGAUCAUUCACAAUGGCCAAACAAUCAAAUCGGCAUCUUUAUGGACGCUCAAAAUCAACAACGUUAUGGCCUUCCGUACAGUAAUGCUAUCAGAUCUCGAUCAGCCGAUGCAAGGAUGGGAUACGAAGGAAUGGAGAAUGUUCAUUUUGCCGGAAAUACUUCUUCGUUCAAUGGAAGCGUUCAUGGAAGUUAUGCAACAGCAGCAGAAGAUGAUUUGCUAUCACAAAACAGUGGUUCGUUCGAAACCACUCAAUCUUCUCGUAGUCAACCGUUGAGCCCAAUGGAUUCAAGUGCACAUUAUCCAAUCUAUACUGGCGGCGCAGGUGAGAAUGGUCAUCAUCACGGUGGUCACAACGCCAAUAAUGCAUUACCACAAAGUUAUUAUUAUCCAAACAUUCAUCCGCUUCCAAGCUUUGAGAAUGCUGGUGUUGGACCACCACCUCCGAUGCCAUACUUUCGAGGUGAUAAACAAAGUCCUGCAAGUCCCAACCAUGAUCAUUUGGGAAUGUUGAACGAUCAUGCAAACGGUCAUCUUGGUAAUGCGCCUUUUACAAACAAUCUUGGCGUUCAUCCUGCUUAUCAUGAAGCUCAACAACAUCAGCAACAGCAACAACAACAACAACAGCAACAGCAACAGCAACAAAUGGCAAAUCAUGCGUCACAUGAUCAUCCUGCUCCGAUGACGUAUGAAUCAAACUUGUCAUCUUUGGCAUCUCCGACAUCUAUCAAUACAAAUGCUACACCGGUUGCAUCCUUUUAUGGAACGAAUGCUUCUAACAAUUUUAAUCAAAAUGACGCAUUAUCAGCGGCACCUUAAAAACGACUAACUUAAUUUUUCAACGAAAAAAGAGCCAUAUUUAUGCCCAUCAUUAUAAUCAGGUCAACACAUUCAUCAUCAACUUAUCAAUCAAUCAUAUAUUUAUACAUUUCAUCAUUUGGGUCAAUCGUUAUUCAUCAAUAUCAAAAAGGACAACUUUGCUAUUCUCUUUCACUGCAAUUAUUCUUUUCAACAUCAUCUUCAUCAAUGUUCCACUUCAUACUGUAUUCAUAUUUUGUCUAUAGAUUCAUGACAAGCUUAAAGCGAAUCUUGUCAUGAUCAUUUCUCCUUGCAUCGCUUUUAAUACCCAUACAAUUAUUACGAGAGACAGUCA